GUGAGGGGGGGGUUUGAGAUCGGUGCGCUGAGCGGCGGUACGAGGGAGCGGUGCGUUCAGUGAGGGAGGCGAAGUCGAGGAGCCAGGCUUGCAACGCAGUCCCGCACCCGCACCCACUCCUGCACCCGCACCCGCGCCCGCACCCAGAGGAGGCGGGACGGACCCACGGACGGACCCCCGGACACCCCGGGACACACGGACGCACCGAGAGGAAGUGCCGAACGCGGACCCCAGGUGUGAGGAGAGGCAGCCGCCCCGGCUUCAGUCCCAGUGCACCGUGACUCGGGCGUAGUCACCCAAUCACAGCCGACCGAGGACAAGGGCCCUUCUCCUGCGCAGCCAAUCGGAUCUCUCCACAGCAGACCACGCUACUCUGUGCGCCAGGGGCCGCUGUGGCAGAUCAGGUGCCCGUCGCCGUGACCCAGCCCCACAGGGGUAGAGCGGGGGCAUGGCGGGCAGCCCGGGGCUCUGGUGGCCCGCCCUGCUGCAGCUGCUGAUGACGGCGGCCACCUCGCUGUGCCAGGGGUGCCCGCAGCGCUGCGACUGCGCGCCGCAGCUCCGGUCCGUGGCGUGCCAGCGCAAGCGGCUGACCGCCAUCCCGGAGGGCAUCCCCAUGGAGACGCGGGCGCUGGACCUCAGCCACAACCGCUUGCGUUGGGUGGAGCACGGCGACCUGGCGCCCUACCCGCGCCUGGAGGAGGUGGACCUGAGCGAGAACGUCAUCAGCGUGCUGGAGCCCAACGCCUUCGCCAGCCUGCUGGGGCUGCGCGUGCUGCGUCUCCGGGGCAACCAGCUCAAGCUGGUGCCCAUGGGCGCCUUCGCCCGCCUGGGCAACCUGACCACGCUGGACCUGAGCGAGAACCGGAUUGUCAUCCUGCUGGACUUCACCUUCCAGGACCUGCAGAGCCUGCGGCACCUGGAGGUCGGCGACAACGACCUGGUCUACAUCUCCAACAAGGCCUUCGUGGGCCUCCUGGGGCUGGAAGAGCUGACCAUCGAGCGCUGCAACCUGACCUCCAUCUCGGGCCAGUCGCUGUCCUACCUGCGCAACCUGGUCACGCUCAGGCUGAGGCACCUCAACGUGGCGGCGCUGGAGGACCAGAACUUCCGCAAGCUGGGCAGCCUGCGGGGGCUGGAGAUCGACAACUGGCCCUACCUGGAGUACAUCUCCCCCCUCAGCUUCCAGGGCCUCAACCUGAACUGGCUGUCCAUCACCAACACCAACAUCACCUCCGUCCCCUCCGCGUCCUUCCGCAACCUGGCCCACCUGACCUCCCUCAACCUCUCCUACAACCCCAUCUCCUCGCUGGAGGCCUGGGCGUUCCGCGACCUGGUGAGGCUGAAGGAGCUGCACCUGGCGAGCACGGGGCUGGCGUCGGUGGCCGGCCACGCCCUGGGCGGCCUGCGGCAGAUCCGCACGCUCAACCUGUCGGGCAACGAGCUGAGCACGCUGGAGGAGGCCUCCUUCCACUCGGUGAACAGCCUGGAGACGCUGCGCGUGGACGGCAACCCGCUGUCCUGCGACUGCCGCCUGCUGUGGAUCCUGCAGCGGCGCAAGACGCUCAACUUCGACGGGCGCGCGCCCGUGUGCGCGGGCCCCGCCGAGGUGCGCGGCCGCACCCUCAGCACCUUCUCGGACUCGGCGCUCUUCGACUUCUUCACCUGCCAGAAGCCGAGGAUCCGCAACCGGCGGCUGCAGCAGGUGACGGUGCGCGAGGGCCAGCCCGUCUCCUUCGCGUGCCGCGCCGAGGGCGAGCCGGCGCCCGCCAUCUUCUGGAUCUCGCCGCAGCGGUGGCGGAUCACGGCCAAAAGCGGCGGGCGCGUGACGGUGCUCCCCGGCGGGACCCUGGAGAUCCGCUACGCCCAGGUGACCGACAGCGGCACCUACAUCUGCAUCGCCAGCAACGCCGGCGGCAACGACACCUACUUCGCCACGCUGACGGUCAGGGGCCUGCCGCCGGACGCCGCCCUGGUGGCCAACCGCACCUACUACGCCGGCGACCUCAACGACACCAACCUGAACGACACGCGCGUCUUCCUCAAGUUCACCCUGGACCUGAAAACCAUCCUGGUUUCCACGGCGAUGGGCUGCAUCACCUUCCUGGGAGUGGUGCUCUUCUGCUUCCUGCUGUUGUUUGUGUGGAGUCGCGGCCGCGGGCAACACAAGAACAACUUCUCAGUGGAGUACUCCUUCAGGAAGGUGGACGGCCCGUCCGCGAGUGGAGGCCAGGGAGGCGCGCGCAAGUUCAACAUGAAGAUGAUCUGAGACUGUCCCUAUCCCUAAACCUAACCCUAAGCCUAACCUAAUCCUAAACCUAAAUCUAAGCCUAAAUCCAAGCUUAAACCUAACCUAACCCUGACCCUAAGCCUAAAACUAACCUAACCCUAAACCUAUCCCUAAGCCUAAUCUAAUCCUAAACCUAACCCUAACACUAUCCCUAAACCUAACCUAAUUCUAAACCUAAGUCUAAGCCUAACCCUAAAUCUAAGCCUAAACCUAACCUAAUCCUAGCCCGAAGUCUAAGUCUAAGCCUAACCUAACCCUAUGUCGAACCUAAAACCUAAGCGUAAACCUAACACUGACCCUAAGCCUAACACUAAGCCUAAGCCUAAGACUAAACCUAACCCUGACCCUAAGCCUGACCUAACCUUAAACCUAACCCUAAGUCUAAGCCUAAAUCUAACCUAACCCUGACCCUAAGCCUAACCUAACCCUAAGCUUAACCCAACGCACAUCUGUGACUUUAACUCACACGCACACACACGUCACAUUUUCUCAAGAAAACUACGAAAGGACUUUUUUUUUCUUGGGAGGAGACCAAAACAAAACUAUACACGUACUCUAGAAUGUCAGCAUGUAGAACAACAGACUACCGUUUACAUUGCAGACCAUUUUGAAUAUGAACUUUGGAAUUCUCGCCAGUUGUUUAUGUUUUAAAGAGGUGCAUGGAUGAAAGUCCUCUGAUCUCACCAUUUACAGUGUGAAGCCCGGGCAAUUCCAGGCUCCCUCUGCCCACUGUGUAACUGAAUAUUUCAUCCAUUCGAUGAUCUCUUCUGCCGGGUCUCAUCCAUUGCUGGUUGAUAAAGCAAUGGAAGCACUUGUUGAGUGGAAACAAUGCAGUUUAUCUGAACUGAGAGGUCAAGCUUGCUGAAAGCUAUGCUCAGCUCCUCCGAUUUUUGAUACCUUCUCUCCAGAACUAUCCCGUGGCAGCUAGGAGGUUGGAAGCGUCUCCCAUAAUGCUUUGCAAUGCUUGACUAAAAGGCAGCCUCGCCCGUGCGCUCUGGUAGCUACAUAAUUGAUUUCUGAUGACAUUUGUUUUUUGCUAAGGCCUCCCCUAUUAAGCAAUUAAAGUUUAAGUAAUUCUCUGACAUCUACUGUUAUUGGUAGUCUCCGAGAUUUAGCUCUAAAUGGAAAAAACAAGUUAUUUUUAUCCUGCCAUAAAUGGAACAAUACACAACAAAAAUUAUAUCCGUGCAAACUCGUCAGGUUGGUUAUCACCACUUUUUUCCCCAUGCAAAAUAUAUUCUGUAGAGUGUAUCUAUAAAAGGAUAUCUGGAAGUCCAAUCCACAUUGACCAACUUUUCUCACUGCCAAUGAAAGAUGAGACUAUGCCUGACAGUCUUUGCCUGCAGUGCAUUGUGGGAGAGCCUCCAAAUCUGCAUGUACUUAUACUGUAAAGUUGAUUUUGUAAUAGAAUAUCACAAAGUUUUAUAUAUCUGUUGUUUAAAUGUCAAUUGAUGGGGAACUGAAUACCUUGCUUAAAAAGGAAAAAGUAAUCCAGUUGAAUGCAGUUUAACAUACAAUUUAAUUAACUGGCUACACAUCCAGCACCUCUCAAAAAAUUGCAAUAAUGGCGGUAAUGUAAUAAGGAAGAAUUAUUAUAAUAUGUAUUUGAAUCUGUUAUGGAUGGUAAACGAAUGUAUGCUUCUGGUGGAUGUCUUGUAUGGGCUUGGGUAACCUGUGAGCUUGGAACCAGAACUUGGGGGGGUGUGGUGGGGGGGGGGGGGUCGCAGCCCCAGACUAUACGGUUACUGAGGAGGAAGGUGGAAGGUUGAGCAGGAGAUGUACGGGGUGGUCAGAUUUCUGCUGUAUUCAGCACUAAAUUGAUAAAUGAAUGCAGUUCAUUAGGUGAAAAGAGCAUAAUCACAUGGAUUACCUGGACCAAGGUUUACGCCCCCCCCCCCCCUUCCCCCUCUGCUGAGCAUCUACCUUCUCUCACACCACUGUGCACCAACGGACUGCCAAAGACUGACUGCCAAUGUAUUGCGUGGGGGUAUUGUUGAGAGAGUUGGCACCACUGCAUAUCAGACCAGCAGGCAUGCUCGCAGGGUCUCUGACUCUCUUACACAUAUGCGUACACACACACACAAACACACACGCACACGCACGCGCACACAUACACACA